AUGGAAGAUCGCAUGCAUUAUCUAAAUGAUCCAUAUCAUAAUAUUACAAUGUUCAGUAUUUUUGAUGGACAUGGUGGUCCGUUCGUAUCACAGUAUCUGGAAGAACAUUUCUCGGGAGCAAUACAUCAACGACUUUUACGUGGUGACUUUGAUCAUUAUUCAAGUCUGACAGGACAUUCUAAUGAUCAUAUCAUUGAAGCAAUAAUUACGGAAGUGUAUAAUAUCGACGAUGAAAUUUUGAGGUUACAUCCAUCGUCAAGCCCACUGACAGGUUCUACGCUAAUUUCAGUAAUACUGGAACGUAAUCGUUUUUUAACCAUUAUAAAUAUUGGUGAUUCUCGUGCGGUUGCAUGUGAUAUUACAGGACAUACCAUACCACUUUCAACUGAUCAUAAACCAUCUGAUGAAGAUGAACGGAAACGUAUCGAAAGUGCGGGUGGUUUCAUCGAAUUUCGCGGUGUAGACCGAGUACAGGGAAUUCUUUCGUUUAUUUAUUUUUUCUAUUUUCGAGCAUUUGGUGAUACGGCAUUAAAGCAACUUUCCGUAUUGACAGCAGAACCGGAUAUUGUCCAACUUGACCAAAAUGAAAUUAGUUUACAAUUUAUUAUUGUUGCAUCGGAUGGUUUUUGGGAUGUGCUAACAAAUGAACAAGCGAUACACUUCGCACGAUCAUUUUUACGUGUAUCAUCAAAUCAGUGGCAUAAAGUUGCGGAAUAUUUGGUACGAAAAGCAUUGAAACUUGGUUCCGACGAUAACAUUUCUUUGUUAUUUAUUCGAUUAUUUUAA